CCCUCGGUUCAAACUGGGGAAGCAGUCGUCCAUGGCGCCCGACCGCGGCGGCGGCGGGGCCGACAACGGCGCCGUGGCGGGCGCGGAUGGGUCGGGCGAGGCGGCCGGCGUCCGGAACUUCCAGCUCAUGUACAUGGCCCACGAGGGCAACGCGGAGGGGAUACGCGAGCUGCUCGACGCCGGCGCCGACCCCAACUUCCGCGACUCCGACGGCCGCACCGCCAUGCACAUCUCCGCCUGCGAGGGCCACGCCGACGUCGUCGAGCUGCUCCUCGACCGCGGCGCCGAGCCCGUCGUCGAGGACCAGUGGGGGAGCACGCCUUUGGCGGACGCGAUGCAUUACCAGAACCAUGACGUCAUCAAGAUCUUGGAGAAGCGUGACCCUAAGCAUAAGGUUGCUCCCAUGCAUGUUAACAGUGUCCUUGAUGUUCCUGAAUAUGAGAUUGACUCCAAAGAACUCGAGUUCACUACUGGAAAAGGUUUAUCUAAGGGAACAUUCCGGAAGGCUACAUGGAGGGGCAUUCUGGUUGCUGUUAAGAAACUGGAUGAUGAUGUGCUUACUGAUGAGAACAAAGUGCAAGCAUUCAGAGAUGAGCUUGAUGUUCUGCAACUUAUACGGCAUCCAAAUGUCGUGCAAUUUCUGGGUGCUGUAACACAGACCAACCCAAUGAUGAUUGUCAUGGAAUUUAUGCCAAAGGGUGAUUUGCGCAAACACUUGAAUAAUAAAGGAGCUCUAGAGCCAUCAUAUGCAGUUAAAUUAGCUCUUGAUAUUGCAAGAGGAAUGAGCUACUUACAUGAGCAUAAACCCCAAGCUAUAAUCCACCGUGACCUUGAGCCUUCGAACAUAUUGAGGGAUGAUACUGGACAUCUGAAGGUGGCUGAUUUUGAUUUGUGUAAGAUGCUGAAAUGGAGAAGGAAAGUUAGAGAGGAGAAACCAAUAACUUCUCCUGGAAAUGCAUGUAGGUAUGUAGCUCCAGAAGUCCUGCGAAAAGAAGAGUAUGAUAAUAAAGUUGAUGUCUUCUCUUUUGCUUUGAUACUUCAGGAGAUGAUUGAAGGACACCUCCCUUUUUACAAUAAGAAAAUUGAUGAAAUCGAGAAGGCUCAUAGUUCUAAAGAAAGGCCGCCUUUCAGAGCUCAUCCAAAGAAUUAUGCCCACGGGUUAAAAGAGCUGAUUGAGCAAUGCUGGAGCGAAAAUCCUGCGGACAGGCCAGAUUUUAGAGUAGUCAUUGAUCGUUUGUCAGCUAUCCAAAAUGAACUAGCUCAUAGAAAUCGUUGGAAGGUCAGGCCUCUCAGAUGUUUCCUGAGCUUCGAAGGUUUGCGGAAGAAAGAUCGCGAUGAGGGCAGCACCACCCGUUCUUCACGCUCAUCUCGUUCCAACUUUUAACAGCCAACUGGGACUGUUGAUUUCACUUGGAGGUUAUAUUAAUGAUUGAUAGAAAGUUAACUCACCAAGUACCAAUAUUUUUGUGUAUCUAAAUGCCUCCUGCAAAGGUUGGUUUUUCUCCCUGCUGAUCACAGGUUGUUGCAUCAUGUCCUCCUCCUGCAAUCCACUGCAUGUUGGAGCAAUUUGUAGGGAUGCGCACUGCAGCAUAGAACUUCUUGAUUGCUGAAGUACAAAAUCUUUCUUGAAACUGUCAAAAAAUAGGAUCAUUACACCAAGGAAUCUAUGUACAGAUUGAUCUCUUUGAUUUGUAGUUUUCUUUCUGUGGGUAAGAAAGCGACUCGACUUGGGGAAAUGGGAUCUCACUUUGAUGUUGCACUUUCUUUGUACAAUACUUUUCGAUGAUGUUUUGUACUGUACAUUUUUUGUUUGGGUUUUAACACUUCUGAAGAACAAAUCAACUCACAUAUGUUUUUCUUCUCUAA